AUGACGUCCGCGGCGGCGACGUCCAUCGCGGGCGCGUCCGCGGCGCCAUCCUCGCAUCGCGCGCGGCGCGGCGGCGACGCGAGAAACCCGCGACGGACGCCGCAUCCGCGUCUCGUCCGGUGGACCGCGCGAACCGCUCCCAUCGACGACGACGGCGACGACGACGCGUCCGCCCUCGCGCCCCCUCGCGCGUCGUCCCCGUCCCCGUCCCCGUCGCCGUCCUCCUGGGACGCGGAGGAGACGCACGCGCGCGGCACGGGCGAGGACUACCUCUACGAGCUCGGACGCCAGUCCUCCAACUUGCGCACAGAGGUGGGCGCGCGGAAGGGCGUCGUCGACGACGUCUUCGCGGGGACCGCGAACGCGAACUUCGUCCUCGGCGCGGACGCGGACAUCGCGACCGGCGAGCUGCGAUACACGGAAGCGCGCUCGCUGACGAACGUCGUGGACGGGUGCUACGUCCCGCCGCGGUUCAUGGACAAAGUCUGCGUGCACCUGGUGAAGAACCACCUCGCGGAAGGCGUGGGACAGGUUCCUCUCAUCUUGGGAAUAUGGGGCGAGAAAGGCUGCGGGAAGAGCUACACCCUGGAGCUGUGCCUGCGCGCGAUGCGCGCGAGCCCGAUCAUCGUGUCCGCGGGCGAGCUCGAGGACGAGUGGGCGGGCGCGCCCGGGCGACGCAUCCGCGAGAGGUACCGCGCGGCGUCGCGUCUCAUGUCUCAGGCGCGUUCUAUUUCCACACUGACCGGCCGGCUCGCGUGCCUGGUCAUCAACGACCUCGACGCCGGCGCGGGGACGUACAGGGCGACGCAGAAGACGGUGAACAUGCAGAUGGUGAUGGGAACGUUGAUGAACCUGUGCGACCACCCCACGAGCGUGAGCGUGGGCGCGGAGGAGUGGAGGGAGGACAGAGAAUUGCGCCGAGUGCCUAUCAUAAUCACGGGCAAUGAUCUCAGCACGUUGUACGCGCCGCUCCUGCGCGACGGGCGCAUGGACAAGUUCAUGUGGGCGCCGUCGAUCGACGAGCGCGCGGCCGCGGUCCACGCGGUCAUGGCGGACGCGGGCGUGACGGCGCGCGACGCCCUGGAGCUCGUGCGCGCGUUUUCGAAUCAGGCGCGUUCUCCGUUGGAUUUCUUCGGCGCGUUGCACGCGCGCACCGUCGACGCGGCGGUCCUCGAGUGGAUCGCGCGGAACGGCGGCGCGCGCGGAAUGGGCGACGCGCUGCUGCGCGGCGACGCGAGGACGCGGAAGGCACCGUCCGUCGAUCGCUCCUCGUCGCGCCUGACGCUCGAGGCGCUCCUCGAGAUCGGCCGCGAGCUCGAGCGCGAGCAGCAGCGCGUGCUGGACGUCAGGCUCGUGGACGAGUACAUGAAGGGCGUGAAGGAGGACGGCGUCCGAGAGAGCGAUGAGCGCGACUCCGACGUCGCCGCGCGGAGUCAGGUGCGUUCUAUACACUGGUUCCCAUACGACCGCGUCGGCGUGGUGAACGCCGAUCCUUAA